UAUCGGCCUGUCGUUUACAAUCGGACUGUCGUGCCAAUAAUCAAAUGCGUGACUCGCUGUCGUAUGUCGUAACGUUCGAUGCCCGUGCCUGUCAAUUACGAACGAAAAAGAAAGAAAAAAAACGACAACAGGAUAUCCUGUUCGAUGGACUGUAGGCGCAUCCAGCGGAAAUGCAACUCGAGCGAGGAUAACCUCUCGAGGGCUACGUCCUUGCGAUUCCCAGGAGGCAGAAAUAUGUAUUUUUAUUCCGUUGGAUUCUCGGGGCCUCGAUAUCGCUGGAAAGUCUGAACGUUUGGAAGGAGCUUCCAGGAUCUUUUUAUCCGAAUGGGUCGAGUCACUUUUAAAACGUCGCCGUCUCGGCUCGCUUUCAUCGCGGCUCGUCGAGAACGAGGAUAAUCGAGACGCAGCUUCGUCUCCAGCUGCGCGGGCUGUUCUACGCUUUCACGAUCCCCUGCCGCUGGGCUCUUCUUCUUCACUCCGCUCUGUUCCACUCCGGCCUGGAGGAAGUCCUGCGCGACACGACAGUCGGCUCCGAACACCCGCUUCGCUGCACACGCUCUCUCCGCGCGCGUUCCUCGCACUCCAAGCACACGCUCCACGUCUUCGCGGACACCGGGACCGGGACUACUCCCCAAGGGAUAUAUCAUCAGCUGUUCGCUACGGACCGCACCUUUUUUCCCCCGUAGACACUGUCAAGGGCAUAGAAAGACCGCCGGCCAUCGUUCAGAAUGAGGGAGAUCGUGCAUCUGCAAGCUGGACAAUGCGGAAAUCAGAUAGGCGCGAAGUUCUGGGAAGUGAUUUCCGAGGAGCACGGUAUCGAUCAGUCGGGCAUCUAUCACGGAGACAGCGAUCUGCAGCUAGAGCGAAUUUCCGUCUACUACAAUGAGGCUUCCGUCGCGACGUCAACGAACGGAGGCAAGUACGUGCCCAGAGCCAUUCUAUUGGACCUCGAGCCAGGAACCAUGGACGCGGUUCGUUCGGGAGCGUACGGAAAGCUCUUCAGGCCCGACAAUUUCGUGUUUGGGCAGUCCGGAGCUGGGAACAACUGGGCGAAAGGUCACUACACCGAAGGCGCCGAACUGGUGGAUUCUGUCCUCGACGUGGUCAGAAAGGAAUGCGAGAACUGCGACUGCCUCCAGGGAUUCCAGCUGACUCACUCUCUCGGUGGUGGUACCGGAUCCGGCAUGGGCACCCUGCUCAUCUCCAAGAUCCGCGAAGAGUAUCCCGAUAGGAUCAUGAACACGUACUCGGUGAUGCCGUCGCCGAAAGUAUCGGACACCGUGGUGGAACCGUACAACGCGACGCUCUCCGUCCACCAGCUGGUGGAGAACACCGACGAGACCUACUGCAUCGACAACGAAGCCCUCUACGACAUCUGCUUCCGCACCCUGAAGGUCUCGAAUCCCAGCUACGGCGACCUGAAUCACCUGGUCUCGCUGACCAUGUCCGGGGUCACGACCUGCCUCAGGUUUCCGGGUCAACUGAACGCCGAUCUGAGGAAGCUGGCGGUGAACAUGGUGCCCUUCCCCCGUCUCCACUUCUUCAUGCCAGGUUUCGCGCCACUGACCUCCAGAUCCAUGCAACAGUACUCGGCGCUCUCGGUGCCCGAGCUCACGCAACAGAUGUUCGACGCGAAGAACAUGAUGGCCGCCUGCGACCCCAGACACGGACGAUAUCUAACGGUGGCUGCCGUGUUUCGCGGGAGGAUGUCGAUGAAGGAGGUGGACGAGCAAAUGCUCAGCGUGCAGAACAAGAACAGCUCGUACUUUGUCGAAUGGAUCCCCAACAACGUGAAGACAGCCGUCUGCGACAUCCCGCCGAAAGGCCUCAAGAUGUCCUCCACCUUCAUUGGGAACACCACCGCCAUUCAGGAGCUGUUCAAGAGGAUUUCCGAACAGUUCACGGCCAUGUUCAGAAGAAAGGCGUUCCUCCACUGGUACACCGGCGAAGGCAUGGACGAGAUGGAGUUCACCGAGGCGGAAUCGAACAUGAACGACUUGGUCUCCGAGUAUCAGCAAUACCAGGAAGCCACCGCUGAAGAGGACUUUGAGGCCGAGGAAUGCGCCGACGACUUCGAGACCUGCGAGCAAGAGUAGAUCUACGAUCGAAUAGGCUUCGUAGGCCGACCGAUCGGGAGUCGUCCGAUCACGAUCGCUCCCGUUCAUUCUACUAACUCUUUGUGUCUGUCUCUUUCCCUUUCAGCUACGUCUUGGUCGACGCGAGCCGCGUUCGAGGAAUCUUUUUAUAUUUUUAUAUGCACGCGUGUAUGGUAAUCGAUUCGUUUCUUUGAUCGCCAUGUUUUUUCGACGCGAAACUUGUCCUCGCGAGGACACAACCUCCUCGAACCUUCUCCUCGACGACGACGCGGUGCUCGCUCGACGCGAUGGGACACUCGAUGGGUGGAACGAAUUUCCAGGGCUCGCGGGACGACAAUCUGUAACGACCAAACACCAAAGCACCUCGACCAAAAAUCUGCCUUCUUCGUUACAUCCACAGAAUUAUAUAGUAUGCGUAUAACCGUGGCACGCGUUUAAAUGUAGCGCA